AUGGCACAACUGUCCAUGGUGGCAUCUUUGAAAAAAGCAGGUGUUUGGCAAAAGCUAGUACCCAGAGCAGAGCAGGGAUCCGGCGAGGAAAAGCUCAAAGCGGAGCAGGAAUCCGGUGAGAAAAAUUGUAAAGCCAGGCUUCACAUCAACGAUGAACUGUCCUUUGUAAUCAGCGAUGCAAAGGAAGCGUUAGAGUCAGCCCAUCUCGAGAUGACUGAGGGCGCACCCGUUAAGCACAGGCGAACCCUUGGGAGCAAGUUUCACCUGCCAAGCAAAGAUGAUCGUCACUUCGCCCCCUCAGCUACACAUUGCGAAGAGGAUUUGAGGAGCGACUGCGUCGUUCCAGGCGAAAGGCGCGAGCCUGCGAAGAUCCACAGUUUAAGGCCCGUUGUUGACCUCAUUGAAAACAACACCUAUAGCAUUGUCGUUGCAGAAACUGGAUCUGGAAAGUCCACCCAGGUUCCUCAGCUCCUUCUUGAUGCGGCGAUAGACAACUCUGUUGGUGCUGAUUGUCAAGUAUUGUGUGUUCAGCCACGGCGCAUCGCGGCAAAGAGCUUGGCACAUCGAGUUGCCGCAGAAAGACUCGAGGAAGUUGGUGAAAGUGUUGGUUACAUUUUGCGAGACGACUCCGUCCGACCAACUCCGGGAGGAAAUAUUACCUUCUGCACCUCGGGAAUUCUGCUAAUGAUGUUGAGACAUGGACUUUCUGUCCUAGGAAAGUACAGUCAUAUCAUCCUUGAUGAAGUCCACGUCCGUGACGCGCCACUCGAUCUGCUAAUGAUGCUCAUAAAAAUCCGCAUUGAACAGCUUCAAAGUAUUGGGCUUCGAGUGCCGAAGAUCACUAUCAUGAGCGCAACGGUCGACGUCAAUCUCUUCUCCUCCUACUUCUCCAACAAGGCACCAGAUGGGACACUUGCGCCUGCUCCUCAUAUCACCGUUCCUGGACGCACUUUCCAUGUGAAGAGGCACUAUCUUGAAGAAGUCCUUGAAGAAAUCACUUAUAAUCUGACGCCGGGGGCUCUAUCUGGCCUCAUUCAGGAACCUUCUACAAAGAGAUUUCUGGAUGUCCAUUUUAAAGCCUUUGGGGAGCCCGAGGAAGAAAACGCAACGAGGGAACAAAUUUUACCGCCUGUAUCGUCCCUUGACGGGCAAACAGUACCUUGGGGGUUAAUUUCUGCGGCUGUCCUCUCGGUACUAUCAUCGACUCAGACAGGCUCUGUUCUUGUCUUUGUUCCCGGUUUGCAUGACAUCUUAACCGUGGAGAAGCACAUCACAAAUUUCAGCCCUGAGCUGGGAUUGAACUUCGAUGACGACAGUCGGUUCAGAUUAGUCAAGCUUCAUGCACAAUUGCCAAAGGAGCAGCUCGAGUUGGAUCGCAAAAUGCCUCACGGUUGUCGAAGAGUCAUCAUUGCAACUGACAUAGCCGAGACAUCCCUCACCAUACAAGAUGUGCGAUAUGUAAUCGAUUCUGGCAAGGUAAAUCAAGCUGGUUUCGAGGCUCUCACGGCAACUGAAUCAAUAGCGCCUUGCUGGAUCAGUCAAAACGCUGCGUUCCAACGGGCAGGGCGUGCGGGAAGAGUUCAGGCUGGAGAGUACUAUUUUCUUGGGCUUCAGAAGCGUUUUGAUUCCCUUCCAACGUCCAGAGCCACACAGAUCAGACGGAAGGAUCUCCAACCAUUCUGCUUGCAAGUCAAACGAUCAACUCCUGGAAUUCCAGGGACCAUCUCAGAGCUACUUGGGCGAUUGGUUGAGCCACCGGAGAGAUCAGAGGUUGAUGUUGCAGUGGCUGCUUUGAAGGACUUAAAAGCGCUGGAGGAAAACGAAGAAGUUACCGAUCUGGGUCACAUUUUAGAUGACCUAAAUGUACAUCCAACCUAUGCCAAAUUGGCUGUUUUGGGCAUUAUUUUUCAGUGUUUGGACCCUAUGGUGAUCUUUGCAGCGCUCGGGGGUCAUAUGAAUUUCUUCGUGCGGCCUCUCAACUCUGAUAUGGCGGCGAAGAUAAAGAAGUCGCGCAUGGCUUUUGCCCCGGAAGCAGCGAACAUUCACUACGAAUACAUCCAAGCCUUCCGAGCCGUUCGAGAGGUGGAGCAUAAACAAGGUUCUUGGCAAGCUGCUCAGUUUGCUCAUAACCGAUGGAUCAACUAUGGGCAGUUCAAAAAUGUCUUGCGAGAGACUGAGCGAAUCAUGGAGAGGUUGUCUCGCAUUCGAAUACCCGCCGGAAUGGACCUAGGAACGGAGCUGAACGUCCAGACUGCUAGUGGGAGACUCGGCAACGCCUCGAUGAACACGAAUUCAGAUCACCUCCCUCUCAUAAAAGCACUGGUAACGCAUUGCCUCUCCCAUCAUUUGGCCGUGAAAUUCCCUGGCCGAGCAUCCUUCAAGUCCAAACAUAAAUUGAUUCCCGUCAAAUUGACCAAGGAAGCAAGAAAAACUUUCAGUUCGCGGCAAAUCUUAUGUAUUUUCAACUACUUAUGGUCAGUGCCAAACCAACCUACAGUCAUGAAAGAAGCAGUCAACGUCCGCCCGUUAACGGCGGCCCUCUUUGGCAACGGGUUAGAACGAACAGCCGAAGGCGAGCUCAUUUUGAACGACUGGGCGACCUUGAACCCAGAAACUGAAAUGAAUAAUGACAAAACUCUUGAGGACGUGGUCCAGCUACACAAAAUCUUCAAUGAGGCUCUUGAGACUGUCUAUACGACCAUGAAAAGACCGCUGUCCGAUAAAUCUCAAGGAGCUCUGUCCAAGUUAUGCAAUCAGCUUGUGCAAGCAAUGACGGCGGUCAUUGAGACAGAUGCCCCACGGCCACGUCACCAAGCUCCCGCCAAAUGGGAUGAUGAGGGUGUUUUUGUUGACAACCUAGAAGACAUGGACUGGGAGGAUUCUAGUGUGGGUCCCAGCAUACAUUCCGAUAUGGACGGGGAAGACAGAUAG